UCAAAGCAAUAUCACGUCUGUUUAUCAACUAUUCUAUGCCAUCAGUCUGCACUCUUUAGUUCGUUACACAGCCAAGCGCGUGCACGUACUCGCGCGCAUAGUCGGACGUGAUCAAAGGGCGUUCUCCAUUUAAAUUAAACUGUUUAUUUUAAAUGUAUUGUUCCAUGUUCGAUUUAAUGUGAAGUGUCUCAAAAGUGAAAACGGACAAUUUAUGAAUUUGGAUUUUUUUUUUGGGACCGGAAUCAAUGCGGUACAACUGAAGGAACAAAAUGGGAGCAGUAAGCAAGCCAAUCUUCGACGCUGUGUGCACUGAUGUUCCUUGCAAUGCUUUAAUACAUCCUUGGAACGAAAGCUGCAUCAAUGGCUUACCUCUCCUUUACAAAUCUGCCUUAAUAGGCAGCGCGAAAUUCUACUCUAUUAUAUAUUUGGCACAAAUAUUAAUGAGGGGAAAGAAAAUGAUGAAAAAAGAGCAAUGGUUCAAAAUGGGUGAAUACUACGUCAGGUCCACACUUCUUGGGCUGUUGGUGACGGCCACAGGACCUAAUCUGAGUUGUAUAAUUAGAAAACUGUUGGGUGACAAGUUCACUUACUAUACGUAUUUGAUUUUACCAUUUACAUUAAAUGGUUUGUUCAUAUACUUGGAGCCACCUAGCAGAAGAGGGCUGGUCAUCAAUUUGUUCUGUAACUUGGUGAUUGAGUAUUACCUCAAAGUUCUACAGAGAGCUGGAUACCUGGAGAUAACAAAGACACGGCAGACACUCAUGUUCAUGAUAGGUAGUUCUUUACUGUUCUAUCUCAUGAGGUUAGAAGGAGACAAAGCAGAAAGGACACCUUUGUUCUGGUUCUUCACUCCAGAAAAAGUAAGAAGAAAAUGUGAUGGAUCCAGCAACGUUUGUCCUCAUGAGGGUCCGUGCCAAGGACAUGUAGCUAAGAGUUUCGCGACUUACUUUGGCAUCGGCGCUGGCAUUUCACUCGCGAGGCAUAUACUGCCUCAGAUCCGAACGCCGAUCAAAGCGAUAUCAUCAAUAAGAGGGAAACAUUUUAAACUAGCGAUGUUCUUCGGCAGUUAUAUUGGUAUUUACAGAGCUGUGAUAUGCUACUUGUGCCGUAAGAAGGGUUUCGACUCAGCAAAGUAUGCUUUGCCUGCUGGAUAUGCCGCUGGAUUAGCUUCCGUCUUCAGCCCGAGUUUAGGGCUGUCAAUAGCAUCAUUGACUGCAGCUUUUAAAUUGUUUUCAACAAUAUUGUACGAGAAGAAAAUCUUGCCAUCUGAUAUACCUUUACCGGAGUUGAUGUACUGUUUCUGCCAAGGAACCCUGUUCAACGCAAGGGUUUUGGACCCGGGGGCGUGUCCUAACUAUGUGUUGAACCUUAUGAAAUCCUGCAGUAACGGAACGUCCGAGAUGGUUUUUAAAAGCUUUUCAGAAGUCACGAAGAACGCAAUGUGAUACCUUAAAAUUAAUCGGGUUUAGACAAAUUUAUUUUAUUUUAAUAUAAGUAGGUAAUGCGGGAGAGAUUUUAAGAUUAUGGACACAAUGAAUCACCAGAAGAUAUAUUAAUAUAGAAGGCUUCAAUAUUCCUAAGAAGUGAUAUGAUUGUAAUUUAUACCAGUGGACCGGGAAGAAACUGAUAUUUACAUAUAUAAUAAAAAAAAAACAGUAUUAAAACU